AGACGAAGAAAACAGUCACGCGGAGGUCCUGAACGCCGCACGUGUGCAAUGGCAGUUCUGGCAGCUUCAAUUACGAACGACUCCGUCAGUAAACCUGUGGGAUUUUAUAUUAUCGGAUUUACGUAUUUAAAGUUUGCCAAUUUAUACUUUAUUUUCCUAACCGUCGUUUAUAUUGUAACGGUUUUGUCCAACUCCUUUAUCCUUGCCAUCAUAUGGAUAGACAAUCGCCUGCAUACUCCAAAGUACAUUGCAGUGGCUAAUCUGGCGGUCGUCGACUUGGUGUUCAGUACAACAGUCAUUCCUGGAAUGAUUAAGGCGUUUCUCGCGAAGGAUAACUUCAUUUCCUACAACGCAUGUUUGACACAGAUGUUUUUUUAUUACUGUUUCGUCUCAAUAGAGUCGUUCUCCCUCUGUGUACUUGCAUAUGACAGGUUAAUUGCGAUAUGUUUCCCACUGAGACAGAGCUCCAUCAACACAACCACCGUCAUGAUCAGUAUUUCUGUGACUGUUUGGUCGUUUUGCGUAAGUGUUAUUUUGUUCUCGACCUCACUCAUGACCAGACUGAUUUUCUGUAAUUCGGUCAAUGUGUACAGCUACUUCUGUGACUACGCCCCCGUGUUUAGACUAGCUUGCAAUGAUAACAGUUUGCAGUGGGCCACUGCAACAGCUCUGAGUUUAAUUUUUCUGUUUGGGCCCCUUAGUUUCAUCGUCAUAUCCUACGUCUGUAUUCUGGCAGCCGUGUUUAGGAUGAAAAACGUACAGAGCAGGUACAAGGCACUUGCAACGUGCACAGAACAUCUCGUUCUAGUGGCGAUUUUCUACGUGCCCAUCGUGACGUUGUUCAUAAUAGGGCUUUUCUUAUUCCGCGUCGAUCCGGACAUCAGGAUGGUGAACCUGUCGUUAGCCUCGUGCAUGCCGCCCUGUCUGAACCCCAUUGUGUAUUCCCUGUCAACCAAAGAAAUCAGGAGCAGAAUACUGGCCAUGCUUCAGAAAGUUAAGGUAGUAGCGUGGUCAGGGCCGGCGUAGACAUAGAAGGUUGCCAUAAAUGCUUUCAAAUGGACGCAUUCACUCAGUUUAGGCGUCUUUGCGUCUGGCGUCAAUUGCGCGUGUCUAUGUAAUGAAGUAUGAACUGCAUUUUAUUUGAAAUAGAUGAUCCCACACCCACACCCGUCACCCUACCAUAGCCAUACCAUUUGAAUGUUUAAACGCUGGAUUGUGAGCUGUCUCAAUUAUUAUUUGGUGUCAACUGCUUCAAUGUCCCUUGUUGGUCUGUUUGUGUAAUAGUGUAAUUUACCAUGACGUCACUGUCAGUGAGACAUUGUUCUCAGCUGACCUACCUGGUUAAAUAAAGAUAA